GAAAAACUUUGCUGUCUGUUACUUCAUCCAGUGGCACCGUUUGAGGACCGCUCUCCUGUAAAUUCCAGGAAGACAUCUCAGUCACAGAAGCAACCACCGGUUUGUGAACCUUCACCUUCUGUGGAGUCGCCUGUAGAAGACUCGGCCGAAGGGUUGGGAAAGACAAUUGUUUCUAAAAGGAUAGCAGUACUUUGUAAAGAAGAUAUGGGAAACUGCUGGAAAGACCUUGGAACAAUCCUUAACGUUCCUGAAAGCGAAGUUCGCAAUAUAGAGGUGGAUUACUUUCACGCUUGCGAUAAGGGAUUUGCUGUUCUUCAGUCAUGGAGGGACAGGGAAGGGAAUGACGCCUCUGUAAAACGUCUUGUGGAUGCCCUUAUUGAAAUACGCAUGAAAAGGAACGCAGACCACUUGUUAGCUGUAGUGCGAAAAGAAAAACGAAGACAAAGCCAACAAAAAGGCGACAAGUCAGAAAAGUAUCAAGAAACAUGUGGCAGCCCGGUGGAAGUAUGCGACAAAGAGGACGAAACCGGGAAACACCAAGCCAGCGAGAGAGAAGGUUCCUCUGAGGCGAUGUCCAGUACUUCGGAGGAGGUAAAUGCAUCGAGAACACAAAACACAGAACAAAGUGAAAGGAUAGAUGAGACAGGAAGUGAAAAGAUGAAGUUGGAUGAGUUAAGAGAAAGUCUUCAAAAAGUCAGAGAGAUGGACCAAGCUGUGACGAGAAUCAAAUCUAGAGUAGACGAACUUCCAAGGAGACAGCAAAGCACGAGGAAGAAUGAGCCAUUUGAAAUGAUGCGCAGCCUGCUAAAGGAGGUAGAUGCAUUUAAAGAGGUCAUUGAACAAAACAUUUUAGAACGUAUGGUGAGGAAUGAAAACGUAGAGGGGCUAAGAGAUAUUACUGAAAAAGUCAGAAAGGCGAGGAUAGAUUUAUCAGAAGCGUCAUGAAAAGGCAACUUCGCAGCGUCGCCAUCAUGAUUAUGCUAUGCUCUUCAUCAUCAAUAUCGGCUCUAUUCCGGCAAUAGCAGACAAAAUAUAAGCCGAAAGCUAGAAUGGGAUAGAACGUGGUAUAAUGACGAGAAAGGGUUCGAAAUUGCAACCAGCUUUUUUUUCCGGGGCGAUUAAGAAUGGACUUCUGGUGACGAGAAUUUGUAGUCUUAUUGAUAAUUUUCAUGUCAAUCAGUCCCUCAACAAACUAAAUGUCCGUAACAUUAUCAUUGGACUCUAUAACACUCAGCUGGUGAUCAGUUAGAAGUAAGAGUAUCUUGGAGGCAGAGAAACAUAUUAGGAACUUUGCUUUUUUGUAUUUCGUUGUGAGUCGAAAAUUUUACGAAUCGCAAUUUUUUCAGUGACCAAAAUGUACCUUAUCGU